AAGAAAUAGUUCGGCAGGCAGCUUAGUUACCUCCUUCCUCUUGCUUUCGCCGAGGAAGCUUUCUUCUGCUGCUUAGCGGUAUCAUUUCCUCGCCUGCAAGCCGUCGUCUUUGACCUCGUCUUGCUUUUUCUCGUCCUUUGUCCUGUUUGCGGAGUUGCGGGUCUUUUGCUCCUUUCGAAUCUGCUCGGGUUCUUCUUUAAAGGUGUUCUCUUUGUGGGAAACGGUAGGAGAUAGAGAGAGUAGGAGGAGGAGAGGAGAAAAAUGAUGAAGACGAGGGUAAAUGGCGGCGGGGAGAGGAGGGUGUCGACGAGAUGGAUUAUUUUGCUUUGCCUAGCGAGCUUCGGCCUUGGAAUGCUAUUCACUGAUAGGUUUCCAGAUUUGAAUAGGCGAGCAGAUUCGAACUGGCAGAUGAUCUCACAGCAGCGGAAGGAACAGGAGCUUCAUGUUGUAUCAGAAGAUUGCACAACUAAAAAGAAGCUUGGCCAAGAUAAGGAUGUAAUGGGAGAGGUCACAAGGACUCAUGAAGCCUUACAAUCUUUGGAUAAGACAAUAUCAACACUUCAGAUGGAGCUGGCUGUAAGCAGGAGCUCGCGUGAGCUUACAGGCUCGAAUGGUUCUCCUGUCAUCACAGCAUCCAGUGAGCAAAAAAAGAAGGCUUUUAUCGUUAUUGGGAUUAAUACAGCAUUUAGCAGCAGGAAGAGGCGUGAUUCUGUCAGAGAUACCUGGAUGCCUCAAGGUGAGAAGCUAAAAGAACUAGAACGUGAGAAGGGCAUUGUCAUCCGGUUCAUGAUUGGCCACAGUGCUACAGCAAAUAGCAUUCUAGAUAGGGCAAUCGAUUCAGAAGAAGAACAACAUAAUGACUUUCUUAGGCUGGAUCAUGUUGAAGGCUAUCAUGAAUUAUCUGCAAAGACAAAGAUUUUCUUUUCUACAGCAGUUACUUUAUGGGAUGCUGAAUUUUAUGUCAAGGUGGAUGAUGAUGUCCAUGUUAACUUAGGUAUGCUGGCUGCAACUCUCUCUCGCCAUAGGUCAAAACCAAGGGUCUACAUUGGGUGUAUGAAGUCUGGUCCAGUUCUUUCAAAUAAGAAUGUGAAGUAUCAUGAGCCUGAAUAUUGGAAAUUUGGAGAAGAAGGGAACAAAUACUUCCGGCAUGCAACUGGCCAAAUCUAUGCCAUCUCGAAAGAUCUGGCAACAUUCAUUUCUAUCAACCAGCCUAUACUUCACAAGUAUGCAAAUGAAGAUGUUUCUCUUGGUGCUUGGUUCAUUGGGCUUGAAGUUGAGCAUAUUGAUGACAGGAACAUGUGCUGUGGAACUCCACCAGAUUGUGAAUGGAAGGCUCAAGCAGGAAAUGUGUGUGUUGCAUCAUUUGAUUGGAGUUGCAGUGGCAUUUGCAAGUCGGUGGAGAGAAUAAAGGAUGUACACGCUCGCUGUGGGGAAGGGGAUGGAGCUGUAUGGGGAGCUCUCUUCUGACUUCAUUCUUUCUCAACUGUAUCGACUGGUGAAAAUUCCCAUUCACUCUCAAAGACUCACAGGUCUCUGAAGCCUCGAAGCUUCUGUGAGUAUUUUUUCCCAUUUUCAGCUGUACAUGAUCAGGUUCCUCCUCAGCUGUAGAUUCAUAAGAAAGAAUAUGGGAUCAAGAUCAUGUUUUAUGAAGAAUCUGGAAAUUUGUAUUUUUCAUUCUUUGGUAUGUUUUUUUCUUUUUAUUACAGCAAGUUAAUAGAUCUAUUAUCUUUUCAGAGAGGGUAUGUGUCAGUUUUGAAGUUAUAGCCUUCUUUUCUGAUAGUUCUGUAAGAAAAUUGCUGUAUGCUAUCAAAGAUAUUAAAGAAAUUUUUUUGUUGAUGAA